UAUAAAUGUCACUUAAAGAUUUCAAGAUUAUGUCAAAAUUAGGUUUAGUUUACUUAUAUAAUAGGUGAGGGAGCAUACUCAACAGUGUAUAAAGUGAGAAGAAUUGAGGACAACGCAGAAUAUGCCUUGAAAAAGGUUAACCUAACAAACUUGAGUGAUAAGGAGAAAUAAAAUGCUUUAAAUGAAGUUAGAAUAUUGGCUUCUAUUAAACACCCAUUUAUAAUUAGCUACAAAGAAGCAUUCAUUGAUGUCAAUAGCAAUUCAUUAUGGUAAUGAUAUUUAAUAAUUAUGUAACAGUAUUGUUAUGGAACUUGCUGAUAAUGGAGACCUGUUCUAGCAAAUUUAGAAAUGUAUCAAAUCAAAUACAAUUAUGCCUGAAAAUGACAUUAUGAAAAUUACUUUUCAAAUUGCUAGUGGUUUAAAAGCAUUGCAUGAUUUAAAAAUAUUCCAUAGAGACUUAAAAAGUGCAAAUGUUUUUUUGUAAUCAAACGGAGAUGUGAAACUGGGAGACAUGAAUGUUUCAAAGGUAGCUAAAAAGGGAUUGCUUUACACAUAAACAGGAACACCCUAUUAUGCAAGUCCUGAAGUGUGGAAGGAUCAGCCCUAUGAUCAGAAAUCCGAUAUCUGGUCGUUGGGAUGUGUAACUUAUGAAAUGGCUGCUCUCAAACCUCCAUUCAGAGCAGAAGACAUGGAAGGACUCUACAAGAAAGUUAUCAAAGGUAUUUCUCCAGAAACCAUAUCAUAUAGGUCUCUAUCCAAGACUUCCAUCCCAAUAUUCCUUAGAUUUGCAAAAUGUCAUAAGGAUGAUGUUGUAAGUCCAAACAAAUUUAAGACCCACAUCCUAUGCCUUAAGUGAACUCCCAUAUUUUAAUAGAUUUAAAACGCAAACAAUCGAAGACCAAAGCAAGUUGCUAAAUACUAUCAUAUUCCCUAAAAAUUAAAUUUCCAUUGCAAACAUGCUACCCAAAGCUAAUUACAGUAAUCAAAAGUACAAAACGGAGGCGCAUCAAAACAGUGACACCCAGGAAACCAUCAACAGAAAUAGGCAAACAACUCUAGGAGCUGGUUCAUAAUAGUCUUCUCCAAAUCCUACUAGAAUUUCCUAAUAUCUGGCAGAAUAGGAACUGCUUUUAAGUAUUUAUAUAUUAAUUAAAGAAUAAUAGUAUUCAAUAAACUAUUCUGGGAAGCAUAAGAAGGCGCAUAACUAUUCUGAUAGGAAUGUGAUUGCUAAGAUCCUACUUGAAUAUUAGAAGGAAGUGCCCAUUUAUCAAUAACUAAAACAGAGAUAUCGAAGACUCUCUUAGGAGGAAACUCCUCCUUAUUUGCAAUAGAGAAGGAUCAGUCAAUUGCCAGUGCUAAUUGAGCAUUCGCCAAAUCAGAAACGAAAUAAUCGGAAUUAGAGUUUGCCAGCUUAGAAUUUGCCUAUAAUCUGACCAAGAAUAUAUAUUAUAUG